AUGGGUCAACUCAUCUCGCAUUAUAAACGGAAAAAGCACAACAACCACCAUGACGAUGACGAAGUUCUCUCUUCCUUUGAUGAUUUGGAUGAUUUUGUGAGAGCAAGUCAUUCAACAGCAACCUCUCGUCGUGCUCAUAAGGAUGAUAGUGAACAAUUAAUGUCCCUCGACCACAAGAAUGAAAAACAACAACAUCACCGAAAACAUCGAAAACAAGCCACUUCUUCUUCACCCGAUUAUUCUCCUCUAGAUAUGUCCUAUGAUGCAAGUGAAUAUAUGGACCCAGAAACAUACUAUGCAAAGAUCUCUCAACACAAAUUGACUGGAUUGCAACGUGAAGAUUCGUCCUCUCCUUCCUCAUCACCGUCAUCACGGAAGAAGAAGGCAAGUUAUUCUGCAGACGGACAUAAUGUGAGCAAACAACAAUAUCGAGCUUCUCAUAGAUUUACUGCUCUGUUUUCGUCGGAUAAGACACACUAUGGAGGUGGAGGAUACAUGUACUUUUAA